UGUAUCGACGGGACAACUUGCGGAAGCGCUUUCCGCAUUUGUCGAGUCGCAGUGGUACUUCAGUUGAAGACAUACGAGAUGGAACCGUUAGGAAUGCAGCUUCAGAAACGUUCAUGGAACAAUGAUAUAAAGAAGAUGGGUGACGACAGUGCAGUUGAAAUAACUGAUAAGGAAGAAGCUGACAAUCCUGUCUAUAUUGGUAGAGAAGAAGAUCUUAAAAAACGAAGAACAACAGUUAGAAUCAAUGGCAGAGAAAUUGUUGUUUUGUACCAUGAUGGAAAGUUUUAUGCUAUGGAUUGCCGAUGUUAUCAUGCAGGAGGCCCUUUACAUCUUGGGGAAAUAGAGGACAUCAAUGGACAGGUGUGCAUUAUUUGUCCUUGGCACAAGUACAAAAUAACUUUGGCCACAGGUGAAGGAUUGUAUCAAGCAAUAAACCCCAGAGAGCCAUCUGUGACUCCCAAGUGGCGAUCAAAAGGAGUAAAACAGCGGACUCAUCAUGUGACUGUGGACAAUGGAAAUGUUUAUGUGACUCUUUCUGAUAUAGCUGACAGUAUAGAUUCUGAUUACUAUGCUGAUAAGAGUGUAAAUUCUUCUAUGAAAAAAUAAGCUUUUUCUGUGCUUCAUAGCAAAUGGUGUAAAAUGAAAUAUUUAAUUUUAUAUCAUCCAUCUGUCUAAAGAAAUACACAAUUUCUGGGAUGAUAUGAAGCUGAGUUAUGCUUAGUAAGAGACUAUUUCUAAAAAGCUUUUAAGAGAGGUGAUCCUGUCUCUUGAGGACAGUCUAAGCAUAGCAUGGGCACAAUACACUGACACCCCUUCCCCCCCAAAAGCAUAACUUUGAUCUCAUUGAGAUUUGCUUAAAAUUACAAGUCUUUAAAUGUGUCUUCCUUAGUAAAAUGCUUUAAAAAGGAUUAUGAUAUUAAGAUAUUAAUGUAACCAGAGAUAACUAUUUUUAUAUGCUAAGAAUACAGUCUUUUCAUUAUGA